AUGGACCCUAAUCUCGAGGGCGGUUAUCUGAGCUUAGAAGCGAUUGGCCAUGUUAUACUAAUUCUCUGUGUCCUAUUCUUCCUCUAUUAUGCAACUUUUACCAUUUUCCUCAACCCACUUUCCCGUCUACCAGGUCCAUGGACAUCCUGCUGGACAGAUGUGAUUCCGAAGUAUCACUGGCUAAAGGGCACACGAGCACAAUACGUCCACCACCUUCAUCAGCGAUACGGCCCCGUGGUGCGGGUAGGACCUCACGAGGUUGAUAUAUCCGAAAUCACAGCAGUCAAAGAGAUCCAUCGCGUCAAAGAUGGCUACAGAAAAGCGCCCUUCUACCAGAAUCUUGUUCCCAACACCAAAAACCUCUUCAAUACUCUUGACGUAGAGUUCCACCGUCAUCAUCGUCGUCUACUGUCCUCGCCCCUCUCUGAAUCAUCGCUUAAGUCUGUGGAGCCAACUGUCGACGCCUAUGUCAAGAUGGCAAUUGGCAGCAUGAAGCGUGAAAUGGAUGAACGCGGAGCAGCGGAUGUAGCCAAGUUUUGGUUAUUUAUGGCCACCGAUAUUAUUGUGGACCUAAGCUUUGGGGAGUCUUUCGGUAUACUGAAACACGGCAAAAAGAACCAGUACAUCGAAGAUCUUGAAGGUCUAGCGGCCAAAGGUUCCAUUCGAUCUACAUUCCCAACACUCAUAUCAUUCGCGACCAAGCUCCCGCUACCUGUCUUCAAGGAAACUGCUGCUGCUGCACAACGCAUCAGAGACUACUCGGCCGAGGCUGUCGCACGCUAUAAAACAAAUUUCGCAAACAAUCCUGCGGCAGCCAAGCCUACGUUGUUCAGGAAGCUGUUUGAAGCUGGUGAAGCUGGCCUUUCAGAUGAUGAGAUUCGUGCUGAGGCGCAGGCGUAUAUCGUUGCUGGCUCUGAUACGACCGCGACGACGUUGACGUACCUCAUAUACUCCGUCUGCUCUCAUGAUGAUGUCCGGCAGAAGCUGGUCACAGAGCUUAUGGAACUACCCGAUGAUUUUGGUCACAAUGACCUUCGUGAGCUUCCGCACUUGAACAACAUUAUUGAUGAGACGCUGCGAUUGUAUGCAGCAGUCCCUUCAGCUCUCCCUCGGGUCGUGCCCGCUGGGGGUGCUCACCUUGCAGGCUACUUCAUUCCCGGCGGGACUGUUGUUUCAACACAAGCUUGGACCUUACAUCGCGACCCGCGCGUAUUCCCAAAUCCGGAAACCUGGGACCCAUCACGUUGGGAGAUGGGUAGCAAGAUGAUGCACGACGCAGUCAUGCCUUUCGGCGGAGGCUCAAGAGUGUGUAUCGGUAAGCAUCUUGCACGAAUGGAGCUUCGUUUGGCUGCUGCAAGAUUCUUCCGCGCUUUUCCAAAUGCCAAGGUUUCCUGCAUCGAGGGCAUGUCGGAAGAGGAUAUGGAGCUGCGAGCGUACUUCCUUCUAACGCCAAAAAGAGGGCGAUGCCUAAUUCAGCUAGAAUAG